UUUCUAUUGGCGUCUGCAUCUCGAUGCAGGAGCAUUUGUGACCCCGCACCCUGGGAUAGUGCCAGUCUUUUUUUCUCUCUCUCUUAGCCGGGCCUUGAGGAGUUUGCGGCUGAUGAACGAAGGUGCUGGCGUGGUAAGUGUCGGUACAGAGGCCUAAACGCAGCAGCAAGUAAAAGAAAGGCAGGGUUAAUCGGAGCGGUCAAUGGUCAGAGUGUGCCAGUAUUAGAGUGGGAAAGCCUUGGCUCAACAGGCAGAAGAACAAGUAAGAAAAGCUGUGUGAACCAACAGUUGGUCUGAGCAAGAAAUUUUUACACGGCCUGAAGACUGCAGCACUUUAAAUUAACAUUAUAUAAAUGAAAAUCCAUCUACAAGGCAACAAAGGCUAUCUACGUGGGAGUAUUUCCAUUACCAUGCAGCCAUGCACCUUGUUGACCCUAGGAGAUGAAGUAUUUCAUCCCAGCAGGAAAGCUGUUUUGUGUCUGAAAUGAAGUUUUCUUUUGUAACUCAGUGAAAUCCCCUGGAACCGGGGUGCUGAGAACACGCCAGCAUUUGUUCACGAGAGAUCAGUCCUUCAACUGCAUUGAUUUACUAUGCCUGACAUCUGACUUAAUGAAUUGAUAGAGAAAUGUGGGAAAGAAUUCACUCACUCAUCCCACUUGCAGACACACACACGAGUUCACACUGAGGAGAGGUUGUUCACCUGUUCUGAGUGUGGGAAGGGAUUAGCUCGGGCAUACAGCCUACAGAACACGUCAAAUCAGUUAACACUGCAGAGAUGCCAUUCACCUGCUCAGACUGUGGGAAGGGAUUUCCUCAGUCUUCUCAACUGAAGGUACAUCAGCAGAUUCACAUUGGGAAGAAGCCAUUCACCUGUUCAGAAUGUGGGAUGACCUUCACUACCUCAUCCAGACUACUAAGACACCAGCAAGUUCACACUGGGGAGAGGCCAUUCACCUGUUCAGUGUGUGGGAAGGGAUUCACUCGGUUAUCCAGCCUACAGACACACCAGACAGUUCACACUGGGGAGAAGCCGUUCACCUGUUCAGACUGUGGGAAGGGAUUUGCUCAGUCAUCUCACCUACAGACACACCAGGCACUUCACACUGGGGAGAGGCCUUUCACUUGCUCAAAUUGUGGGAAACGAUUUACUCGGUCAUCUGAGCUACUGGCACACCAAUCAGUUCACACUGGGGAGAGGCCUUUCAUCUGCUUAGACUGUGGGAAGGGAUUCACUUGGUCAUCUCAACUUAAAGUACAUCAGCGAAUUCACACUGGGGAGAAGCCAUUCACCUGUUCAGACUGCGGGAAAGGAUUUAUUCGGUCAUCUGACCUACUGGCUCACCAGUCCAUUCACACUGGGGAGAGGCCAUUCACCUGCUCAGAUUGUGGGAUGGGAUUUACUUACUUAUCCAAACUACAGAGACACCAACGAGUUCACACUGGCGAGAGGCCAUUCACCUGUUCUCUGUGUGGGAAGGGAUUCACUCGACUAUCCAGCCUACAGAUACACCAGUCAGUUCACACUGGGGAGAGGCCGUUCACCUGUCCAGAAUGUGGGAAGGGAUUCAGUCAGUCAUCCCAUCUACAGAGACACCUGUUAGUUCAUACUGGGGAGAAGCCGUACACCUGUUCAGACUGUGGGAAGGGAUUUGCUUCAUCAUCUGAAUUGAUGGUACACCAACGAAUUCACACUGAGGAGAGGCCAUUCACGUGUUCAGAUUGUGGGAAAGGAUUUACUCGGUCAUCUGACCUACUAGCACACCAGCGAGUUCACACUGGGGUGAGGCCAUUCACUUGCUCAGACUGUGGGAAGGGUUUCACUCAGUCAUCUCAGCUGAAGGUACAUCAGCGAGUUCACACUGGGGAGAGGCCAUUCACCUGUUCAUUCUGUGGGAAGGGAUUCACUCGGUCAUCUCACCUAUAUACACACCAGUCAGUUCACACUGGAGAGAGGCCGUUCACCUGCUCAGACUGUGGGAAGGGAUUCACUCACUCAUCCAACCUGCAGAGACACCAGCGAGUUCACACGGGAGAGAGGCCAUUCACCUGUUCUGUGUGUUGGAAAGAAUUCACUCGAUUAUCCAGCUUGCAGACACACCAGUCAGUUCACAGUGGGGAGAUGCUGUUCACCUGCUCAAACUGUGGGAAGGGAUUUGCUCAAUCAUCCCAACUGCAGACACACCAGGCAGUUCAUAGUGGGGAGAUGCUGUUCACCCUCUCAGACUGUGGGAAGGCAUUCACUCAGUCAUAUGCCCUGCAGACAAGCCAGUCAGUUCAUACUGGGAGAAACCAUUGUGGGAAGAGUUUCACUCAGUUAUCCAGCCUUGUGACACAUGACUGAGUUCACAGUGGGAAAGGUUUAAAUGAGCUGCAUGCAGGAUAUUUAACCUUGGUUGCUGAAUCCAGAGGCAGGCUGAAAGGUGACUGUUGGUGUCAAACUCUGAAAAUAUUGCUGUAUCACAUCCAGUUCUGCAGUUUUCAGUUUCACUUGCUGAAGUUCACCUUUAUUCAGACUGGAGUUUAAUAUUCUGGAUCUGUGACUAAUAAAUCAGUUUUAAACUGUUGUCUCUGGUGCAUAGUGUAUUUAAAACACAUCCUGUGUUUAGGGGGGAGUCAACUCAACCAAAGAUAGCGUGCAGUCAGACUGUCAGGAAGGGCAGGCAGAUGAUGAUAAAAAAAUUACAUUAGGGAUGCAGAAUCA